GAUCCCAUUUGACACAGCAGAGAAGAAGCCGACAGCUGGGGCGUGGUUUGAUAUCUCGCUGAAUUAUCACCUAGCAGGCUCCAACAAAGACCACAAAGACCCGUUUCGCAGCUGUUAAUAUCUACGACGAUGAAAAUGAACCAAAAGUGGAUUUUGGUGAUUCUGGUGUUUUGUCCAAACACGACUUCAGGAGCUGCUGCAGAAAAGAUGGUGAAGGAAGGAGAGCUGGUUGACAUCAAGUGUAAGCCUGCUCAGUCGGGCAGCCUGCUCAUCUGGUUCAGAGUUCUUCCCAAGAACAUGGAAUUCAUUGGAUCUUUCAGCCCAAGUGGUUUGCCAAAGUCACCCACAGCUUCCCUCGACUCCAGUUAUGGUUUCUCAAAAAUUAGUAACGGUAUCUUAAGUCUAAAGAAAUUCAAGAAAAGCACCGACAGCGGCAUUUACAGCUGUGCGUUUCUCAAAGGGACUCAACUGAUGUUCGGCGAUGUAACCCGACUGGUUGGAGAAAAGGAAACAACAGAAGUUGCAAUAUCAAAUGCCAUCACCAGUGUGCCAAAUCAAUGCACAACCGACACCCCAUGCGUUUGUGAGCAGAAUGGGAAUGACAAGCAAGGGGAAACCAGUCCUCAAAUGUAUUGUUCUCCAAUCAUACUGGGCCCACUGGCCGGCGCCUGUGGCCUUCUUCUUCUACUCCUCAUCAUCACCACCCUGUACUGCAAUCGAAUGAGAACGCGGAGAUGCCCACAUCAUUACAAAAGAAAACAGCAGGCGGUGCCUCCUGGAAAGAAAAUGAUGACCAGCAGACACGUUUAACUUCGGGGUGUAAUUUAAUUCCUUCAAACAGUCAUUAUUUUACUAUGUUGUGUGGCUGUUGCAGAGGAUUUUAUUCCUAUUUACAAUUUAAUGACAAUGGUGAAUAUUUAGCCGCCAACUAAAAAGUUCUGAUUGUAACAGGAACUAUAAAAAGAUGCUACUUUAAGGAUUUAAUGUUUCAAAUACUUUGGGUUUUCACUGCAUUGUGGCACGACGCACAAUUACGCUGCACCAUCACACCCUUGAUUAAACUCUUUUAAUAAAAUAACAUUAAAUGAAACCUCUAAUUCUAUAAAUGUUGAUUGUAAUAUGAACUACUGAAGUUCUGAGAGUAUUAGAAGCGCGAAAAUUGUUUGAAAUUGAUCAUGUUACGUUAGCUUUGCUUUUGUAAUUAGCCAAAGCGUCUAAAUGUUGACAUUUUCCAGUAUACUUUAAUAUUGUUUUCCUGUGCAGUGUUUUAGUUAGCUACUUUAACAUUUUCAAAAUAUAAUUUCAUAUGUCUUUUGCCUUGGGAAAAAUAAAAAAAUAAAAAAAUUUGCUCACAUAGAUGACUUUCUUUGAAUGGGUGUAUUUCUUUUAAUUUAU